AUGGGUGUAUCUCUUGAUACAGAGAAGCUGGGCUCCCUCUUUCAGGCCCGCCCAGACAUUCUGCAAGGAAUCCAGAGGGCAGCAGAUUCUCCAGGACGGAUCGCUCUGUUCAACGAAAUCGCGAACCAUGUCUACGAUCAACUUCAGGGAAGUUGCGAACCCGCGCACAAGAAGAGAAGAGUCGAUGUUCAACAGACCAACGGGACCGCGAAUGGAACAAAGGCCAGCGUGAAGCCAGAGACCAACGCCGCGGACGAGCCCGUGCUCUUGGAGAUCAAGGAGAUUUCGGUUUCGGUGCCGCAGAGAAAAAAGUUUGAGCUGUGCUUUACGGCGAAUCAUUUCUAUGCUCGCGCUCCUGGCACGACGGCUCCAAUUCCGGCCAUAACACAUGCCUGGUCCGACAUUGAAUACGCCUUUUACCUUCCCGUGCCUGAGAAGGCUCAAGUUCAGCACAACUACGUCCUGUUCCCCAGAGGAACAUGCCUCCCUUCCAAGACGAAUCCUCCUACGAUAGAGCCGCUCGUCUUCACAGUACCCGCGACAGCCCCGAAGCAGGGCACCAUCGGAGGCCCCGAGGCCGGAGCCGCAGCUGCUGUGUCGGACAACUACAAGUCCCUCUUUCACUGGGCCUUUGGACGGUACCUCAAGCCCGCAGGCAACAAUGUCGACAUCACCUCCGCCGACCCAAACAAGUUCCAGAGCAUGGUCCGACAGCCCCAUCGACCAAACGAGAAGGCCGUGCAUGUCAAGGCCUUUAGAGGCUCCAAGGAUGGAUACCUCUUUUUCCUCGAGAACGGCAUUUUCUGGGGCUUCAAGAAGCCUCUAAUGUUCAUCCCACUGAACCGCAUCGCUGCGACCAGCUACACAAACAUUCUGCAGAGGACGUUUAAUAUCGUCACAGAAGUCUUUGCGGGUGAAGGCGACGCGACCGAGGAGCUCGAGUUCUCCAUGCUGGACCAGGAGGACUACGGUGGUAUCGACGAGUACAUCAAGCGCAACCGUCUACAGGAUCGCAGCAUGGCUGAGCAGAGAAAGGCGAAGCUAGAGUUGGCUGAGAACCGAGGACCUAAGAAGAAUGCCGAGGAGAAUGGUGCAGCUGCAGAAGGAGAAGCUGGUCAGGAGGGCAUGUCUGAGCUCCAAAAGGCGCAGCUCGAGGCUGAGCAGGAGCUGCAGGAUGAAGAGGAUGAGGACGAAGAGGACUAUGAUCCUGGUAGCGAUGCCGACAGUGACGGGUCGGGAGAUUCGAGCGAUGACGACGACGAUGAUGAUGACGAAGAUGAGGAGGAGGAAGAGGAAGAGGAGGGCGAAGGAGAAGGAGAGGGAGAAGAGGAGGCAGCUGAAGAGGAGGAGGAGCCAGAGCCCGAGGUCGCUGCACCGUCACCUGCUAAGAAGUCCGCAGCACAAGUUCCUGUGAAAACAGGCUGGGCAGCCCUCAGAAGCGUUCCUCGAGCUUCCGAGAGCAUGGACCUAGAUGAGGAGAAGUUUGACGUUGUCUAG